CAGGUAACGUGAGCGAAAAAUUAGUUUCCAAAUAAACUCCAACGGAGGAGUUUACAGGUUCAUUACACCCAGCAGAAGCGCCUGAGAGUCGGGUGUGAGGGUCCAUUUCUUUCAACAUGAUUAAAAAAUAGAUAAGAUAAUAAUAAUGGUGAUGAGUAGCAGAAGAAAAGAAGACCUGCAACCAUUGUGACCAUUUGAUGCGAUUCAUUUGACUGUUUUGGAGGAAUAACCUGAUGAAAAGCAAAACAUCAAACACAUCAUAAAACUACCACUACACCACUGGGUGGGUGUGAGUGUUCAGAAGCAGCCGUGGAGGGUCAGAUGGAAGUGUUGCUGCAGCUUCCUCCUGAACUUUGGGUCUAUGUGUUCAGCUUCCUAAAUGUGGAGGACCGGCACUCCGUCCGCAGCUCCUGCCGCUCCCUGAAGGAGCUGAUCGACCACCCGCCCCUGUGGAGGGAGCACACGGUGCUGCUGUCCAACCUGCGCCGUUACACCUACGGCUUCUGGGACACGCUGUGCCGACGCAGGCUGACCCGGGUGAUGGUGAGGCAUCUCCGGCGUAAAGAGUGGCGCAGGCUCGUUACUUUCCUCCCGUCUCUCACCGCCGUCGUGUUCGUGGAUGGAGGGCGGCAGUACAAGCAGAAGUACCUGGAUAACUUGGCUCGCUUCCCCGAGUUGAGAGACUUAGGGGUGCGUAACGCCACCUGGGAUGAGCCCAUGCUGAGUGUGGGUCUGACCGAGCAGCUGCAGGACCGGCUGACGCACCUGAGCGUGUGCAACGUGAGGCUGCCGUGCACGGUGGAGUUCAUAGGCGCCGUGUCUCACCUGGUGAACCUGCAGCACCUGCUCUUCCAUCAGCAGGGGGAGGGAUACGGGCUGGACACGGUGCGGCCGGUGCCCAGAGAGUUCUUCCAUCACCUGCUGCUGAACCUGAAGAAGCUCAGGCAUCUGUCCUGGGGAAUGAAGGGGGAACCGCGGGACCCGCUGCCCGAUGACUACCUGAGCCCCCCGGACCCGGAGCAGCAAGGAGUGUACGGAGGCCCGGCGCUGACCAGUCUGGAGCUGGUAGAUUACCCAGAAACCAUCCUGCCUGAAAACGCCCUGAGGAGCCUGACGUCGCUGCGGUCGCUCACCAUCCGCUACAGGUACAUCAGAGAAGGUCUGGAGUGUCGCCUCGGGUCCUGGCUGAGUCCUCUGAGCCAGCUGGAGACUCUGGCCAUCAUCGGUGGUAAUUCUCUCGCCGCCUACACGACCACGAUCCCGUCCAGCGUGACCCGGCUGACGCUGCGUGUGGCCAUCACUCUGAAGGACAUGGACUCCAUCGCGCCCAAAGUGCCGACGCUGGAGCACCUCGACAUCGAGCAGAACCGGUCCAGCGGCAGCCUCUGCAGACGGAUCCCCAUGCUGUUCCCUCAACUCAGGACGCUCAGGAUACGGUUUUUCCGUCGGGAGCCGGAGAAAGACCUGCUGAGCCUCCACCGGCUGCGUCACCUGGUCCAGUUGGAGCUGCUGGUGGAGCGCUCCUUCAUCCUGAGGGAUUAUCUGAACGGUCACCCAUGGCCCAGCCCCGGCGUCCAGGAGCUCAUCAACCAGCUGCGAGAGCUGUCCGAAAACAGGAUCAACGUCAUCACCACCAUGCGGCAGAGAAACCCGCUGCGGGAGUGCGACUGCGUGUGGGAGGGGGACUGAGGAGGAGGAGGAGGAGGAAGAAGAAGAAGGGGCUGUAAACCAGGAAAGUAUUUGUUUCGUCCUGAAGUGAGAUGAGGACGCAGUUACAGUUACAGGUCGGGAACAGACGGAGAGAUUCGCUGGAAGAUGAAGGUGAUAGCAGCUACUGAUGAGAACGAGAACAAAUGGCGACGCCUGUUUUCUGAAGGCAGACGUAUAAAUAAGAUGCAGUGAAGGUUUAAAAAUCCAAAAUCUUAUGGAAAAUUAGAGUCUAAUAAAGACUAGACUUCCAUGUUGUUUUCCAAAGGUAAGAAAGUUAAUGUAAUUUAGUUUGGUUAAUAUUUAUGUUGGGGUUUGUUUUUGGCUACCCUUUAACAAACAUCAUUUCCCAGAAGUCCUGUAGGUUUGGAGGCUAAACGUCACGACUCGACUCGAGGAGAUGUUCAGUGUGUCUGUAAUAACAGCAGCACAGCGCUGCAGCUCAGUUUACAGCUACAAACAGAGGCAGCAACUUUAGACGAGCAUUUCAUGAAGAUUUAUGGAUGUGGAUGAAUCUAAAUAUAUGAAUUACAAUGAUGUAAACACCCGCUGUGUGCUCAUAAAGUAAUUUUGUUAAAAUCACAAAGGUUUCUUUUCUUUUAAAAUUAAGAAAACAUGACAUUUUUACACGCACAUAUACAUGGAAACACUGAAAAAGUAACUGUAUCCUUAUCAUGAUAAUGAUGACAAUUAGGCUGCAGGUCAUAUACAUAAAUGGGGUCCAGCAACUUAGAAAAACAAGUGAAAAAAACGCUGAAUGAGAGAUUGUGUUGAGUUAUAAGAGCUAGUGGACCGGGGGGGAAAGAUAUAAGUCUCUAGAUGUCUGGUUAAAGAGCUUUUUGGCUUAAAACAUGGCUUACGUCAAUCAUGUUAGCAAUGAGAGACGUAAUGUUAGUUUUCUCUCAGACUUUCGUCACACUUUCGAGGAGCUAUUCCAAAUGUUGACGUACUAGUUUGGUGAUUAGCGUCAGGUCUGUCUCCCUCAGUAACCGUCACAGCAGACAGCAGCUUUUUGUCCAUGUGAAACCACCAUAGCUCAACUCUGCUCCACAUAUUUCACACCUGACAACAUUAUCCUUUACUUUCUGGGAGGUUUUCCACGCUGGAUUUUUGUGUGGCUUCGUCUGCAUCAUGUUAUCUCCAACAACAUUUCGGUGGUAAAAUAUGAAGUCAGAAUUCUUCCAGCCUUUCACACAUCGGUCGGC